AGUUUUCUCAUUCUUUUCUUUUUGAAACACCACCACGAUGAUCAAGUCCAGCGUCAAUAUACCAUUGCUGGUCCACUUGGGUUUCCUGUGGCUUGCUGCUGCAGUUGUGCUACCAGUAGUAGAGGCGAAUCAGCAGCUAGGUCAUGGAAGCCUUCGUCGUCUCGAUGUAGAAGCAAACGGCACAAUAAUGGAAGGGACGGCUGUUCCAACUUUAGCCGAAGAAACCAUUUUUGAUGAAACAGCCAUUGACGAGUCUGACGUUGCCUGUGGUUACACCGUUUGUCCCAUGGGUUCGCUCUGCUGUGGAAAUACAUUUUGUGUCACGGACAGUUCCCUCUGCUCCAUCACCUCCGCAACCCCUAACCCCACCAUCUCUGUGCCCAUGACUGGCGCCCCCACGGAAGCUCCCAGUAGCAGUCCAGUCACUCCAGUAGUGCCCCCCAAUAAUGAUCUCUGUACCACAGCCGAAGGACCCUUGACAGUUACCCCUCAAAGCUUGGACGGAUCCUUGGAAAAUCGUAUUUUAGGAACCACCACGGGUGCCACGGCGCAAAGUGAACUACGACGAUGUGGAGGAACCAUUAGCAGUCCCAGUGUCUGGUACACCGUGGUGGGCAACGGCGCCAAACUGGCCGCAUCCACGUGUUGGCCCGGAACCGACCUGGAUACGCAAAUCUCUGUCUUUCGUGCUGGCAAUACAUCUUUGUCUUGUGAUGAUUCAGAUACUGAUAAUUUGGUCUGUAUCGGAGGCAACGAUGACGCUGCCGGUGCUACCUGCGACAUCAAACCAUUUGCCAGUCGCAUGAUUUGGAAAUCCGAGGUGGGAGUCACUUACUACAUCCUAGUGCAUGGAUUUGUAUCCCGCGUCGGAGACUUUGAACUCAAUGUGGAAGGGACCAACGAUCAGUGUCAAUAUGCCCUGCAACUGCAAGUCGGUGACACGGUGCGAGGAGAUACCAUUCCGGCAGCGCUCCCCUUUGAGGGAGUAUUCAAUAACUGUGGUGGAACGGGAUUGAUUGGUGGCGGACCGGCAUUGUGGUAUCACGUGGUUGGUACGGGAAGUACACUUCAAGCAACGGCUUGUCCCGAUCCCAACAGUAUUCGACCCGUCCGAAUAUCCAUGUUUGAAGCGUCCUGUGACAACAGUGAUUCCUGCGUCGGAGGAGCGGAUCCAGACAGUGGCUGUGCCACCUAUGAAUGGGACUCCCAAGCUGGAACCAACUAUUACAUUUUGGUGCACAGUCAGGCUCCGUAUGCGGCUGGAUAUUUUGACUUGACAAUCUCCAAUAAUAACAACAACAUUGGCCCGGAUGUCGGUGUGGGAAGAGGACAGCCAGAUAUGGAAUGGCCGUAA